CAAACCAUCUCAAGAUCUCUCUACACAAUCUGUGGUCGAGCACAGCACCAACGGUCUGGACACUGAACAGAAAACGUCUAGCACAUCCAUCCGAACUGCAACCGCAGAGACAAGCGCACCGCUGUCCACUGCUACUGUAGCCAGUGUUCAUUCUGUGACCAGAACAGAGGCACCGAAAAUAACAUCUUCACCAUCCUCACAAACUAUCAGAAAGUCCACAGAUGGAAGAUCAGCAGCUGGUCAAAAGACAUCACACUUUGUGAAGGAAAGAAGUCAGAACAUUGUAAAGAAAGAGUCGCAUGGCAUCAGAAGAGCUUGGGAUUCAUUCAGAGCUCCAGAAGAGAUUCCUGAAGCAUCACAGCGGGAGUCGAGCAGAGACGUUCACCAGGAAACCAAGGAGAGCAAAACAGACUUUCUAGAAACUCCACCCAGUUUUGAAUCCCAGCCUGAGAGCCAAGAGGUUGUGCAGGGUGAAAAGGUCACGUUCAGAUGCCAAGUGUCUGGGUCUCCAGUGCCGACAGUGAGCUGGCUGAAGGAUGGAGCUCCUCUCAGACAGAGAUCAGGCGUCAGCACGCGACAGGAGGGCAGUCUGCAUGUCCUGUGUCUGGAGAGCGCUCACAUAACUGACACGGGACAGUACGGCUGCACUGCUGCCAACAAAAGAGGAAAGACUGCGGCCCACUGCAGCCUGACUGUCAAACGUGUGAGGGUGGAGGCCAAGCCCCCUGUGUUCAGCUCUCCUCUGAAGGAUUGUUCAGUGUUAGAGGGACAGGACUUCAUGCUGCAGUGUUCAGUGGAGGGCAAACCACUGCCUGAGCUCAGCUGGCUGCACAACGAUCAGCCCGUUCCAUAUUCCCACACUGUGUUUGAGAAGAGUACGGCUCAGCUGAUGGUUAAGGCAGCUGUUCUGGAGGAUGCAGGCGUGUAUUCGUGUGUCGCAGUGAAUGGUCAGGGCAGAGCUGUGUGUACAGCUCAUGUGCUGGUUAAAGCUAAACCAGGUGUUAAGAGGUCUGCUGCUCCUCCUGUGACUGAUGUGAGGAGGCCGUCUGCCCCGGUGUUCCUCAGAGGUCUGCAGGAUCUCAGAGUCAUGGACGGCUGUCAGGUCACAAUGACCGUGGAAGUGACAGGAAAUCCUGCCCCUGAGGUGGUCUGGCUGCAUAAUGGAAAAGAGAUACAAGAGUCUGAGGAUUUUCAUUUUGAGAGGAAGGGCUGUCAGUAUACUCUCUUCAUACAGGAAGUGUUUCCUGAGGACACAGGGACUUACACCUGUGAGGUGUGCAAUGAAGUCGGAGUCGCUCGCACCGAAGCCUCACUCACGGUACAAGAGCCUCAAGAUGGAGUUCAGCCCUGGUUCAUCACUAAAACCAAGUCCACUGCCGCCUCCCUGGGUCAACACGCUCUGCUGUCCUGUGCGAUCGCUGGUGACCCCUUCCCAGAAUUCCUCUGGAUGAAGGAUGGGCAGGUCAUAUCUGGAGGUGGGGACUUUGAGAUCCUACAGAAGGAAGACGUUGUCUCAUUGCUCAUCAGGAAAGUGAAGACACAUCAUGCUGGAAACUAUGAGAUUCAUCUCAAGAAUAAAGUAGGAGAGUGCAGGUCAGUGGCAGCUCUGCAGGUCAGCGAGGACCCCAUGCCAUCUGGUGACGAUUCUCAUAAACGCCGAGGGGUGGAGAGGACUGCGGCAGGCAGGGGAGGACAGCCGGAGACUCCCAGCGCUGCAGCGUCGCACUCCGAGCAACUCUGGGAACACGACAGUCAGGAUCAGGAAGAAGAGGAGGGCAGUGCCACCCGUGGGCUUCUCAAAAGGUGCGUGGAGACAAAGGAGCAUCGGGAAGACCAGAUCCGUCAGCAGGAGGCCGAACAGAUCGACUUCAGAACCGUGCUCGGCCGCAAGGUCACCACUAAGAGCGUCUCUGAGGAAGACCUGAAGGAGAUCACGGCCGAGCAGAUGGACUUCAGGGGGAACCUCCAACGGCAGAUCAAGCCCAAGACCCAGACAGAAGAGGAACGCAAAGUCAACUCUCCACAGCAGGUGGACUUCAGAGCAGUGCUGGGAAAGAAGGGAAGCCAAGGCCCAAAACCCGGUCUCGGAUCCUUAGUGAAAGCACAAGCCAACAAAACUGAAGCUGUUGACUUCAGAUCCGUGUUAGGCAGCAAGAAAAAACAACCAAGCCAGGACAGGAAUGGAGAAAGCCAAGGCGAUAAAGACGCCCGAGGAAAGGAAAACGAUGUGAAUUGUGUGGAUGGAGGGAUAAAAGAAAAAACAAAAGAGCCCGUUUUUACGCAGAAACUGAGUGACGUGACGGUAUUGGAUGGGGAACGUUUGCAUCUGCAAUGCCAACUUUCCUCUGAGUCUCCUGCUAAAGUGACAUGGACGCUUGAUGGAAAACUCAUCAAACCAUCCAAAUUCAUCGUCAUUGCUAACGAGGGUGGUAAGUGCUCUCUGAGCAUUGAUAAAGCUCUGCCUGAGGAUGAAGGACAGUAUGUUUGCAGGGCGGAGACUAACGAGGGCAAGACAGAGUGUUCCUGUAUGGUCCUAGUGGAUGAUCCCAGUGUCUCCACACCAGCUGAUAAGCAGAGCAGGAAGCCCUCUACCCCGACCACAGAGAAUGAGGCCAAAAUAAAGAAACCCCCACCCAAAACGCUUCCUAAACAAGGUGCUCCUCCUCAGAUCCAGCAGUUCCCUGACGAUAUGAAGAUCCUGGCGGGUCAGGAGGUCAGUCUGCUGUGUCAGUUCACUGGAGCUCAGCCCAUCAGCUGCACCUGGCUCAAGUUCCGCAAACCAAUUCAGGAAGGUCAGGGCAUCUCGGUAGUGAGCACAGACAGCAGCAGUCAGCUGACCAUCACAGAAGGACAGCAGGAGCACUGCGGCUGCUACACCAUCGAGCUCAAGAACAGCUGUGGCGUGAGACAGGCCGCCCUCAACCUCACUAUAGUCGAUAAGCCCGACCCUCCUGCUCGUGUCCCGGCAUCCUCAGACAUCCGUAAGUCCAGCCUCACACUGUCCUGGUACGGGCCGACAUACGACGGGGGCAGCGCUGUCCAGUCCUACAACCUGGAGACGUGGAGCUCUGUGGACAUGAAGUGGACAGAUCUGGCGUCCUGUAACAGCACCUCCUAUAACGUGCAGAACCUGCUUCCAGACAGGCAGUACAAGUUUCGAGUGAGAGCGGUGAAUAUUUAUGGUGUGGGAGAGCCCAGCGCUGAGUCUGCACCCGUGCAGGUGGGGCCGGAGGCCGAGGAGGAAAAUAAAGAUGAAGCUGAGCCUUCAGAUGAUGAAUCAGAGAAGGAACCGGAUUACAGAAAUGUGACGAUCAGGACAGACGUGAAGGUGAAGGACCUGUAUGAUGUGGAAGACAGACUGGGCACAGGUAAAUUCGGGACUGUUUUCAAACUGAUAGAAAAGUCCACAAAAAAGGUGUGGGCUGGCAAAUUCAUAAAAGCAUAUUCUGCCAAAGAAAAAGACAAUGUCAGACAGGAAAUAGCGAUCAUGAAUGACCUGCAUCACCCAAAGCUUGUGCAGUGUGUCGACGCUUUUGAGGGAAAGACUGACAUUGUGAUGGUGCUGGAAAUGAUCUCUGGAGGAGAGCUGUUUGAGAGGAUCAUAGACGAGGACUUUGAGCUGACGGAGAGAGAGGUGAUCAAAUACAUGCUUCAGAUUGUGGAUGGAGUCAAUUUCAUCCAUAAGAAAGGCAUCGUCCACCUGGACCUCAAACCUGAGAACAUCAUGUGUGUCAAUAAGACCGGCAGCAAAAUCAAACUCAUUGACUUUGGACUGGCACGCAGACUGGAGAAUGCUGGCUCUCUGAAAGUCCUGUUUGGCACCCCAGAGUUUGUGGCUCCAGAGGUGAUUAAUUAUGAGGCCAUCAGUUACACGACAGACAUGUGGAGUAUAGGAGUCAUCUGCUACAUCCUCGUCAGUGGUUUGUCUCCCUUCAUGGGGGACAAUGAUAACGAGACACUGUCUAAUGUGACCUCAGCGACGUGGGACUUUGAGGACGAGGCGUUUGAUGAGAUCUCAGACGAGGCCAAAGACUUUAUCAGUAACCUGCUGAAGAAAGGCAUGAAAGCUCGCCUGAGCUGCGAUCAGUGUUUCCAGCACCCCUGGCUCAAACAGGACACCACCAAUAUGGAGACCAAGAAGCUUUCCAAAGAGAGGAUGAAGAAAUACAUUCUGAGAAGAAAGUGGCAGAAAACAGGGCAUGCGGUACGAGCUAUCGGUCGACUGUCUAACAUGGCAUUGAUGGCAGGCGUUCAUGCCAAAAAGAGCUCCCCCACUGAAGAGGAUAAACAGUUUUCUGCUGAAUUGAAGGAGAAAACUCUAAUGAAACCCACGUUCAGUAAUUUUAUUAAAGACGUUGAGGUGGUGGAAGGCAGUGCUGCUCGGUUCGACUGCAGAAUCGAAGGUUAUCCUGACCCUGAGGUGGUGUGGUAUAAGGACGACCAGCCGAUUAAAGAGACGCGCCAUUUUCAGAUUGAUUAUGAUGAAGAUGGAAAUUGCAGUCUUGUUAUUUCUGAGGUCAGCGGUGAUGAUGACGCAAAGUACACCUGCAAGGCCAUGAACAGCGUCGGGGAGGCCAACUGCACCGCCGAACUCAUCGUGGAGGUGAUGGGACGAGAGGAGGAGGAGGAGGAAGAGUAGAAGACAACCUCUUUUGUCACGUUUCUCUUUUACACCUGUCUUUCGGACUUUCAGAUGAUGAGGAUGAUGAAGAUCUCAGAUCACCUUUUGCUGCAUUUCCUUCAUUGCACUUCCAGUUUGUUCUUUUUGUAUUUAUGCAACAGCCAGAUAUCAGAUUUGUUCAUCACAUGACAUCAAUAUUACUCACAUUCUUCAUUGUCAUGUUUUACUCCAACCAAACAUUUCUAAACUCACAUGUGUGUUUGUGUGAUGAUCAUCGCUCGUGACUGUGUGAGCUGAGCUGUUACGACAGCUUUAUUUAAGCACUGCAAACUCAUGUAAGGUUGUGUGUUUUUGUCUGGAGACGUUUUCCUCCUCUUUCACCAUCUGUCACAGUAGCAGCACUCAACAGAUAUUUGGAGACACGUGUUAAAUGUAUGUUUAUUUGAUUAGGAAUGUCUGUAGAUUAUAUUUCUUGAAAUGUUUUUUUAGAUAUAUACGCAUUUGAUAAAGUGCAGAUUGCAUUGUAAUGAGAACACUACAAAUGUAGUUAUUCACUUUUAAAGAAUACAUUUUGAUCACAAACUCUGUAAGUUGUUGUGCUCACUUAAAAAACAGAGUCAUUCAAAGUUGUUAAAAAAAUGUAUGACAGUCAUAAUCCAGUGCAUCCUUGCUGCUUUUAUAGAACUAAGGAAAAUAUUAAAGGACACAAUUCAUUAAAACGUUAUUUUACUAAGCUAAUUCCAAAAUAAAUGAAGAGUAAAAAUUAAACUGCAUCGUGUCCUAUAACAUCAAAAAAAAUGUUGGGAAAGUUUGCCUAUUACAGAACAUCACUCCCCCCACCCCCCGUAUUUUUCAUAUUUUGGUCACUGUUACGUUCUAGGAUUGGACACAUCCUGAAGUAUAGUCAGGGCGAUUAAGUUCUACUCUGUUUCGAGUUUUAAAUUAAAACUAACAGCACACUCUUCGCCAGAUGGCGCUGUGUUGUCACAACUAUACAUUCAAUGUGUUGUCUCAAGAUAUUUUGGACAUAAAACAGUUGUGACCCUGGACCACAAAACCCCAAAGCGUCAUUU